AUGAAACCUUGAUUCACCAAACUGUGCACUGCUCAAAGACAAGUGUUCUGCCCAGACCACAAAGCUAUUCUGUGUUAUGGCUGCAAAGACAAGCUUCACACUAAAUGACAAGUAGAUGAGAUUGUGAACCCAGACAGAGUUCAAGCUAACAUUACUCACUUGGAAAGAGUGCUCGAGACCAUGUCCAAAGACAACCAGAGACUCGAGAUUGAGACCCAUAUUCAAGGAGUUCCUGGAUUCAUCAAGUUGUACAAAUCCAAAAUUGCUAAUACCGAAGCCAAGUUAGUUGAUUCAGUAAGCCAAGAUAGAUUUCUGGAGUAUGGGGCUUUACUUAAACAUAUCCUUGACAUCUGGAGUAACAUAAAAGAAAGCGAGGUUUACCAGAAGUAUUGUAGCCUUAUGGUUGACUUUGUUGCCUCAUACAAUCUUGGCCGCCAGAAUGAGCUAGAGUCAGCUGAAGAGCAUAACGAUACUGAAGCAUCUCUUCCAAAUUCAGACAAUACAAACGCUACACAAAAGUACUUGGACGAAUUCAGCCAAGGUAUGCCACUAGAAAAGUUAUAUGAAAAAGUGAUGGAGUGAGACCUUGGGUCAGAGAAGGUGAGGGAGCUCGAGAUUAACUUGAAUAUUGCAAAGGAUGUGAAAUUGGUAGAUGAGAUAUUGAUAAAUGAAGCCGAAGUUAAGAACCUCAAGUGCUUAACUAUACAGAAUUGUGAUAAAAGCAUCUUUGAGGUUUGAGAACUCCUUAACCAUCCUUUACUAUCACGUAUUGAUAAACUGAAGUUACACUGAGAUGAGAAAUGCCCAUGGGAAUAUUGCCAAAUAAAUCCUAUCUUGCCAGCUCUUGCAUCAGCAGUUCAGUUAAUGAAACCCAAAGAAGUCCAUUUAAAAGUUUGGGAAUUUACAUCAGAUGAUUUUUCAGAAUUCAUGGACAAAUGCUCCGAUGUUGAGGCAAUUAGUGCGCAACAAGUUUACUUUGAUCAAUGGAACGGAUUUAAGCCGGAUGAAAAUAGAAGUUUCAACACUAAAACACUGCAAUUAAGUCCAUAUGGUUUAAUGAGAUUUCUUCCUGAAACCCUGAACUCAAUUUUGGAAGGGAUUAGUAAAUGAAAACUAAAAGACUCGCUCAAAAAGAUAAAUAUGCUAAACAAUUGACCAGAAACCAUAACUUCCAUGAAGGCUAAAGCUUUAUCCUUUGCUUUGGACCACAUAAACAUUUCAGAGUAGGCGGAGUAACUUCUAAUUCAUUUUAAAUAUUG